GUAAUCCUCAUGUUUUCCAGGUUAUUUUUGAUGACAUAGUCCUGUAAUCACGAUUGUGCUUUGCCAUUUGAGGUAAUGACCCGAUAUUUACGCAGUGGACAGUAUUCAGUUUUUGUGGCAAUACAUAUAUAAAGAAAUCCCAGUGAAAAAUAAUUAUAUUCAAUCAAAUGGAAAUUCCUAUUACGUGAAUGCCCUUACAGCUCAAAAUCAUUGAGACACAAGAGACUUCUAUCAUCUUCUAACAUCUAUCGAUGUUUAGAAAGUACACAGAAUAAUGCACUUGAGCUACAGAAUUAUGCUGCUAUUUUUACUUUUUUUCUUCUAAUGUCGUAGCCCCACACGUCCAGACAAGUUUUUUUUUUUUCAGUUGUGCGGUGCUAGUGACUUCGUAGUUUCCUCUUUUCGUUGGAACGUCCGUAUACCCCACGCAGAGGAAUUUUUUUUUUUUUUGUCGGUGUGACACGGGUACAUGAGCACCUUCAAUGGCCAGGCAAUGGAAAAUAAAAAAAAGUGUUAGAGCGAAGAGAAAGCGCUGGAUGGUAAACAUCUAGCGGGUGAUCCGAAAUCCUUCUUCUUACUACUACUACUAGUAUUAUUAUUAUUUAUUUUAAUUUCGUCCCCAGUCCGAAGCUUGAACGCCGAGCCUGAACUCGCGUGUCUUUUGUGUGGGACUUCCGCCUGCCCGAGAGAGCGCAGGAGAGCGCUCAGGUGCGAGUACCGCAGACGCCAGCGAGAGCGCAGCAGGGCGCUGCAGGUCGGUGCGGGUCCCUCAUCGCUGAUCGCCGUCUUCCCCGCUUCUGCUCUCCCCAGGCUCCGCGGCAUGGCGAGCUUGAACAAGAUUGAGGAGCACGCUUGCUAUGCUCAUAUCAUCAGUGGACCAGUGGAAGACACAGAUCCCAGUAGUAUUGCAGCAGAAAUGUCAUUGAAGUCAAAAUAUCCAGUUCAAGACACCGCUAUACCCAAAGAUGCAGUGACAAUGGAAGUAGCCUCUGUUAAGCCUGGCUACUUAAUGUCUCAGUCGCACAGAAUAACCCAGCCAGAAGACAAUGAGAGCCAUUGCUUUUAUACAGAAACAAUUUCUUCAACAGAUUUCAUCAAGCGACUGCCGUUCAAGGACAGCCCCUGUGAGACUUGCUGUUGCUCAGCUCCCCCGCCCAAGAUAAGCGACUUGAUGAACGAUGAGGACUUGCUCUACAAACUGCGACUAAAGCUGGACCCCAACUACUCUACCAUCAAGAACUGGAAGAACUUCGCCAGCAAGUGGGGGAUGACCUAUGAUGAACUGGUGCUGCUGGAACACCGAACACAGGGCUCCACGCACAGCCCCACCCAAGAGUUCCUGCAGAGGAACAACGAUAAGACUGUCAAGGAGCUGACAGAGCUCUGCAGACUGUACCAGAGGAUUGACGUCCUGAAUGUACUGCAGCAGUGGGUGAAGAACGACUGGCCCAAGAGGUGGCAAAAAGUCCGUUAGCUGGGAAUUUGCUCUUUUAUCUCUUUUUAUCUCUGUGAAGUGCUUCUGUUUGUUUUUUGGUGGGGUUGAUAUUUUUUCCUUGCAUUUAGAAAAAAAUGAACAGGUAAACUAUGAUUGAUUUCUGGAAACACUUUUUUUUCCAUCUGAUAUUUCCUGGUGACCUGGAAAAUAAAACAACAGAAAGACAGUUCGGGGGUGGUUUUCUCAUCAGUGAAGAGUUUUCAAUGAACUGACAUGUUUAAAAACUUAAUGCCGAAGCAAGGUUGGAGAUCACUGGGGCUUGUUCAUCAGGACAUUUCAGCUUAAUUUGGAUUCCUGCAAGUCUGUCUGACUGUAUGCCUUGAUGUCAGAGGAAGAAAGAAUCACCUGUAUUCCUCUUCAGAAGCUACUGCAUAUCUUUCUUUCAACUACUGUAAAACGAUACGUCUCGAGACUCAAUGCAUGAGCAAACGGUGAAUUAGAAAGUAGUCUUUCUUUCAGAUUAAGUUCUGAGCAGUGGAAUAAGUGCUGUUGUGUUCCAGAAAAAUGCCAAAAUGUUCACAGACUUUCAGGGAAGUGUCUUCAGCUUUUCUUACUCAUAUAACUCAGAAGAGAAAUGAAUGGAGUGCAGUUUUUCAGCACAGGUGGAAUUUUCACCUUUAAGAAUCAGCUGAUGUAUUGAGCCUUGCUGUGUAUACAAGAAAAUUGAUCAAAGUAAAUAUUAAAGAUUUUUUUCCUUUAUCUAGAUGAAAUGUCAAAACAUCUGUUAAUUGAAAUUAUAACUGUAGUAUAGAACUGCAUGAAACCAUCAGUGGUUUAGACUGAUUUUAUGUGGAGGGAUUAGGAUUGUGCUGAAUGAAAUGACUUGAACCGUAGAAUACCUGAUUGUAUUUGCUUCCAGUUUUUAUUCACUGUUUUCUUUUUAUAUUCUCAAUUUGGAGUCAUUAAUUAUUAAACAGUUUGAUUUAGCACUACCAUCUUUGGUAUCUGCAUGCGGCACUGAGGACCAUGAUCUGUUUCCUCAGGAACCAUGAGUUUGUCGGAGCCAUGCAACAUUUUCCUUGUUGUAAGCCCUGCAGGGCCUGAACAGGAGAGAGAGUUUGGACUGGAGGAGUGUUGCAUUUCUUAUUGAUAAGGCUAGAAAGUCAGCUGCGUGACAAGCCGAGGAUGACAAGGGCGACCAGACCCACCAGCACUCAGCACUCAGGCGAAUCCUUGUUACUGCUGCUUGCAGUGACACUGCACUGCCCUUUUUUUAAAAUAAAAGAAGGGCGGAGCGGUUGCUCUGUGGCUCAGAAUCUGGGCUGGAAUGUUGCCGGUUUGUAUCCUCCGGCCGGCAGAGGAAUCCUCCUCUGUUGGGCCCCUGAGCAAGGCCCUU